AUGAACGAAGAAUCUCCUAAUUUUUAUUUACCAAUAGAAACACAACAACAAAAACUUCAUUUUGAUAUUCCAACUACUCUUCAAGAUUCAAUGAAAUAUGAUUCAAAACGUCAACAAUUUUAUAGUUACUCUAAAUUAAUUAUUGAUGAAUCAGAAAACGAAAGUGAUAUUAAUUCUUUAUUACAUACAGGUAUUCUAGAUUCCGAUCCUAAAAGAACUACUAUUUUUCGAAUGUCGAAAUUUUCUGAUGAUAUUAAUAAUGAAUUAGGAAAUAUUGAAAUAUUAUCAACAAUUAAAUUAUGUAUAGAAGUUGCUAUUGAUGCAAAAAUAAUUGAUGUUACUGUUCAUGAAGAUUUUCAAUAUAUUUGCUCAUGUUAA